AACUUUUUCACAAAAAUAUCUGCUUCUUUAGUUAUUUUCUUUGCUUAAAAAUGGACCCCACCUGCUCUUCUUCCUCCUCCACAACAUAAGAAAUAACCUGUGUCGGUUCCUCAGAUCUUUUUCAUUUUCAGACAACCAUACAAUACAACAGAAUUAUGAAAAACUCCACCGACUUAACACAGUUGCUGCUUUCAGAUAUUUCUUUGUUUCUAUGUCGGCGGUACCUAUAUAAACCUCUCUUAAACCCCAUUUUUUCACCGUCCUUCGUUUUAUCAAACACCCUUGAGGAAAUUCUCUCUCUUUGAUCCAUAAAAAUCCAAUCUUUAUAUUGUUCUGAAAAAAAAUCAUAUGAACCCUUUUGAUAAAAACCCAAUUUCUCAACCUUCUGGGUCAGAAUCUGAUACACUGCCACCACACAGUAUUACUAUGGACCCUGAAUUUGCUGUGUUUUCUGAGGCCCCAUCUUCUCAUUUUAUCAAUCUUGAAUCUUUUUCAGCUGGGGAGGAAGGAUUAGGUGUGGUGCAGCCUAUGGAGUGUUUACAUGGGACACAAAUUCCACCAUUUUUGUCAAAGACUUUUGAUUUAGUUGAUGACUCUUCAUUGGAUUUUAUCAUUUCUUGGGGUAGUAAAGGAGAAAGCUUUGUAGUGUGGGACCCAGUGGAGUUUUCAAGAAUGAUUCUUCCCAAAAAUUUCAAGCACAACAAUUUCUCCAGCUUUGUGAGACAGCUUAAUACUUAUGGUUUUCGCAAAGUUGAUGCUGAUAGGUGGGAGUUUGCGAAUGAAGGGUUCUUGAGAGGAAAAAGGCAUUUGUUGAAGAACAUACAAAGGCGAAGAUCACCUCAGUCGCAUCAGGCGGGGAGUUCAUCUGCUGAAGCAGGGAAAGGUACAAUGGAUGAGAUAGAGAAACUGAGGAAGGAGAAGAGUUCGAUGAUGCAGGAAGUCGUUGAAUUGCAGCAGCAGCAGCGUGGAACGGUCCAACAAAUGGAGGCUGUUAAUGAAAAGCUUCAGGCUGCAGAACUGAGACAGAAACAGAUGGUUUCAUUCUUGGCCAAGGUGUUUCAGAAUCCCGCAUUCUUGGCUCGUCUUCGGCAGAUGAAGGAACAAGAAAAAAUUACUUCUCCAAGAACAAUGAGGAAAUUCGUUAAACAUCAGCCACACGAUCAGGAUAGACUGGAGUCUUCCAUUGAAGGGCAGAUAGUCAAGUACAGGCCUGAUUUUCAAGACCUUGUUACAUCCUUUGAGAACCCAGACUUCAAUCCGGUUGUGGAUCAACAACUACCUGAAACUGGUUUUGGUGCAGAAGCAAUGCUUUUUAAAAAUCAAGAACGGGUUAUAGAAGGAGCUUCGAACUUUAACCCCGAAGACUCUUAUUUUGAGGGGAAGAAUGUAGCUAGCCCUCAAUUAGAAGUCAUGCCUGAGUGCUUUGUCUCUUUCCCGGAGGAGUUGGCAAAGGAGAAGAACAUCUUAGAAUUUUGCUCACCAGGUAUUGGAAGUAUGGUGAAAGAAGAGGAAGUAUGGAGCAUGGGUUUUGAAGCCAGUGCUGGUAUGUCAAGUACUGUCACUGAGUUAUGGGGUAGUCUUAGCAACUAUGAUGUCCCAGACUUUGGAGUUAGUGCCGGUUUGCCAGAUGUGUUGUGGGAUAUAGAUCCCUUGCAGGAAGCUGGAAGUUCUGGUGUCGAUAAGUGGCCAAAUGAUGAGUCUCCUUUUGGCCAGCCGAAGAAUGAUAGUUUUUAGGAAAGACUACCCUUCCUUCAGUGUGCGUUUGCGAUACUAGCCAUAGUUUAGUUGAUGGGAUAUAAUAUUGAAUGAUUUGAUUAUAACAUUUUUAGUGCAUAAUUACUUUCCACUGAUUCUUUUCUUCUAUAUUCCCCUCUCCCUGGUCUGCAAUUUUCACUGCUAAUGGUGCUUAACUGUAAAGAUUUGAAGGCAUAAUCUGCAGAUAUUUCCUGCUAACAUAUAUUCUUUAAAGUUGUGAAAUGUGCAGGUUUGCAGCACUGGAGGCGAGUAUGGGGUUUCUUCUGAGAAGGACCGGAAUGACAUUGCUCGCUCAAGAUUUUUAAUCCAGGUAUGGGGACCUUGUGGUGACUUUUAUGAUUAUGAUUGCUUGAUGAAUAGUGUUAUUUUACCAGGAUUCUUUGACAUGAAGCUGAUAAUAAACAUACAUGGUGUGCAGUUCUUGAUUGUUACUUGCAUUAGCUCACCAAGCCAGGCUGUUCUGAAGUUUCUCUUUGUCUGAGUGGAAUGAGAAAUUGGGAAGGUGAAUUAGCAUAUCUCCUUCAGACUUGCUCCCCAUUUUCCAACCAGAACCUACUAAAACAAACACUUUUGGGACUGUAUUCAAGAUACUAUCUUAGGUAGUUUAACAAAACAUUUGGUCAAGAUAAAGAGAGGCUGAGGUAUCGCAUGCUUCUUUAGAAGUUUCGCUUGCAAAGUUUAGGAGAGAAUCAAGAACUGAUGGCCAAAAGGUGGCAUUUUAUCCAACUUAGUCACUGGAUCCAUAAAUGAUAUUCAUGAUGUGUAGGAGGCGGACGAGAGUUUGAACCAUCAACCAAGGGAAGAAGGUUGUAGUUUUUUUAAGGUUGUGACUGAGAAUUCCUUCCAAGUCAGGUAGUUUCAGAUACAUAAUUUGAAGAAAUUGUUGAUGUUAGAGACAGUUGGGAAAGAUUUGGAAGGUCUAAGGAGGGGGAUUGAGAGGAAAUGAGUUGUGACUGGUAGAGGGAUUUUAGAAGUGUUUCAUGCUUUAUAGCUUACAUACUAUUAUUUGUUCUAUAUUUGAUUGAUUCCUUAA